GAUCCUUUUGCCAGCGUUACAAUGGCUUCUGGAAUUGUGCAGGAAUAUCGGCAGUUAUGCUCUUGUGCUGGCCGACGAGGUUUUCAUGAAAGGAGAACUCGACAUAUAUAAGGCUGCCAUCCGGCAUCUCUUAGAAACCAGACAGCUGAGCUGAAUCUCCCCGACCAUCAACAACAUCAAUCGACAGCCCGAGGCUACAGUUUCCCAAAAACCAUUCAAAUCUCAUCUUCUCCCAAAACCAAAAACCUCCAACCCCCGUCUCUCAAUCCUAAGCCAUGGCUACUGUUUCUGCCACUCAACGCCCAGCCGGCAACUACUUGUCCGAUAGCGAUGACGGCCAAGCCGCCGGUGGACGCAAGCUCGGCAUCCCAUCCUCUGGUGGCCUCCAGACACCAGCAGGCACUAUUGUGAAGGGCCCCAUUGACGACGAAGGCAAGCUGAAGGACGCCGCCCUCCUUCUUGGUAUCAAGCUCGACCUUGAAGCGGAAAUCCAUUUGACGGCAAGGAUACGCGGUGAUAUCACCGUUGGUUUAUACUAAGGAACCGCGCUAUGAAGACUGCAAUAUGAAGGCAGCGCUGAAGGUUGCUUGGGUGGAAUAAGGGGUCUCGGGAGAGUUCGGACAUUUCGCAAUGGGCAAUUUGCAUCACGGUCGGGAAACGCAG